GUUAGUGAAACGGGACCGACUCAAUCCAGAUGUAAAUAUAUUUGGUGGAAAGUAGAAGCAGGUUCAGUUUCAUGGAGUUCCAGGGGGCUGCAGAUUUCAGUCCGUAUUAGGGAAACGUGGAAGUAAAGCCUCUGUUUUUAUCCUUUUAUUGUCGCUGUUGAGCCCGGAGAAGGAAGACAGACUGAAGAAGCUGCAGCCGAACAGAGAGAGAGAAAGAAAGAAAGAGAAAGAGAGGGAGGCCGGCCGUCAGAGGGUUUUCAUCAGUCAAUUUAGGGUUUAGCUCUGGUCUUUAUUCCUCCUCCGUCAUGCUGAACAGAGUGAAUUUGACCCUUCUGCUGUGCUUUCUGCUCUCGUGCUGUCUCCUCUGCGCGGUUCGGACCCACAGACCCGUCAUAAUAGUGCACGGACUGUUCGACAGUUCAGCGGACUUUACCAACCUCAACCGCUUCAUCAACCAGUCUCAUCCAGGUACGAACGUGUCUGUUAUAGAUCUGUUUGACCGCUCUGCCAGUUUGCAGCCGUUAUGGAAGCAGGUGGAAGGCUUCAAGGAGGCCAUCUAUCCCAUAAUGCAAAACGCAGCUGACGGGGUUCACCUCAUCUGCUACUCGCAAGGAGGGUUGGUAUGUAGAGGAAUCUUAUCUACACUUGCAGACCACAACGUUCACUCCUUCAUCUCUCUCUCCUCACCUCAGGCUGGACAAUAUGGAGACACAGACUACCUGAAGUACCUCUUCCCUCAGUUCGUCAAGACCAAUCUGUAUCAUAUCUGCUACACAUCCAUGGGCCAGAUGAUCUCCAUCUGCAACUACUGGAAUGAUCCUCACCACAGAGACAUGUACGUCAACAGCAGCGAUUAUCUGGCUUUGCUUAACAACGAGAGGCCGAAUCCCAACUCCACCGAGUGGAAACAGAACUUCCUCCGUAUCAAAAAGCUUGUCCUGAUUGGUGGACCAGAUGAUGGAGUCAUCACUCCGUGGCAGUCGAGUCAGUUUGGCUUCUAUGAUGACAACGAGACAGUCGUGGAGAUGAAAGAUCAGGACGUGUUCCUGAGGGACUCGUUCGGUCUGAAGACGCUGUACUCCAGAGGAGAUCUGGAGAUGUGCUCCGUUCCUGGUGUGCAGCACAUUUACUGGCACUCCAAUGAAACGGUAUAUAAGACCUGCAUUGAGAAGUGGCUGACAUAAUGGCCCUCCCACACACUGAGAGAGAGAGCGAGAAACUAUUUUUACAGACAGGAUUAAUACAGUUCACUUUUCUAUCAUUUCAUACGAGACGGUCAGAUGACGAUGACAUCAUUCAGCACGCUUUGUUACAGUGCAGUGCUGCUAAUUCAAAGCAGCACCCAUGUGCAUUUUUACUCCUGUGUGAGUGUCACACACAGCCCUUUUACGUUUUAUCACUCCAGCGUGUUAAUUUUUACCGAUUUUUAGAUAUAUAGAUGUAUUUAUGAGAGUGUAUGUAUGUACGCACAUACAUUCACAAGCACAUCAUAGCUGCGCAAUGCACAUCAGUGCCUGAGGGAUGAUUCUGUCCACCUGUAAACCCCAAAAAAGGUUUAAACCACUAAAUCUUUUCCCCCUGUUUUAUUUACUUCUAGAGGAGAAAUAAGAAGAUUUUUUCAGUUUAAACUAUGGAAAAACUGUAUAUUACUAAGAGGUACCAGGUGUGGGUCUUUACAUGAGGUCCAAAAAUAUGAGAAAUCCAUGCGCAUGUGCCACGUAAUAUGAUCAAAUCUCUGCUUAUUUCUCCUUUAAGUACUGAGAAUUGUGGUUAUUGUAGUCUAGGCAUUACAGUAGCAGCCAGUUGCAGUAAGAAUAAUUGCCUUACAUUUUACAUUUUAUUAUAUUUUGCAUCCCGCGACCCUGACGGAGAAGCGGCUUAGAAAAUGGAUGGAUGGAUGGAUAUAUUUUGCAUGUUUUACUCU